AUGGUACCAAUAAGGGAUCUCAUUCCAAAUAUUGAAUCUCCACCCUCUUUCGAAGUGGUGGUCCCGUGGAUGAAAGGAGGAGGACCUAACUUCAAUGCAUCUUCUUCUUCUGAUGACUCAGAAGAUUCUUCAUCGAUGUCCGAUUCUUCUAUAUCAGGUUCAGAAUCACGUGAAAGUGACACCGUUGAAAAGCCUGAAUUGCUGAAAUCAAAAAAAUGGAAGUUGAAAGAAGAUGAUAAAAAAGAGGAGUCUAGUGGGUGUAAAAAAGAAAAAUAUUUGGAUACUGGUUUUGAUUCUUCGAAAAUAGUUCAAAAUGGCUCACGAGUUUUUCUAGUCGGUUGUGGUGGAUCUGGAAAAUCUACUCUUGCGAAACAGUUCAAAACUGUCUAUGGAUUGGGAUUCAGUGAAGCUGAAACUGCUCAUUUCAAACUGCUCGUCUUCAAAAACACUAUUCAAACGAUGAUUCAUAUUCUUCAGGCGAUGGCACAGUUAGAGAUUCCUUUCGAAUUUCAAGCGUCCCCGUAUGAUUCCGAGCUGGUGAUGUCAGCUGCGCCACAACUGGAAAACAUUGAGAAUUAUGCAGAAGAUGUAUUGUAUGCUGUCAAUCGAUUGUCACUUGAUCAAGGAGUGAAAGAUUGCUUUAUGAGAAGACACGAGUAUUAUUUGAACGAAUCAGCAGAGUACUGGUUGAAUGAUUUGAAUCGAAUCGUGAGCAUUGGAUACAUCCCAACAGUGGAGGACAUACUCCGAACAUAUACGAAAACCAAUGGUGUUGAGGAAACCGAUUGUAGAUUCAAUAAUUGGAAUUACACAAUCGUAGACUGUGGAAAUGAGAAUGGGAUGGACUACUUUGAAAACGCCAGUUCUAUGAUUUAUUGCGUCGAUGCUACAUGCUAUAGUCAGCCAUCGGAAGUUGAUUCCACCAAGACCCGUAUGAACGAUUCUCUUGCCAAGUUCAAUGAAAUCUGCAAUGACAAUUCACUGAAGAAAUUACCACUUGUUCUUUUGUUCAGCACUGAAGAUUUUAUCGAAGCAUCAAGCGUAAUUCGAGAAAAAUUCAAAGAGAUCGCCAAUGUGACAGGAAAGAAGAUUUAUUGUCAUACCGUGGAGCCAGAUACAACACCCAAAGUCCAAUUCGUCAUCGAGAAGUUUCGGAAUAUCAUUUUCUAA